AUGGGAAUUAAAGGCCGCCGAAAGAAGCUAUUGCGCAUGCAGGCUAAAGCCUCGGAGGAGAUGCAUGCAACUGGCAAAAUGAGUGGCAUAAGCACCUCCUUCCAUGGCGGUGAUCUGGAUAGCUACGACUACAACCGAGAUGUUUGUGAGGAGAAAGGGCCAAGUAUAGGAUCAGAUGGAAGUGAGAAUGAUUUUCCUGACAACGCGUCGGCUGGGUCGUUCGACUCCCAAGACGACGCUUACCUGCCGCUGAAGAUGAAAAAGAGUGAGUUCUUCCGGAUGCAGGACGAGGAUUACCUCGAGCACAUUCGGGAAGAGCAUGAACGCCGCCGCACGAGCCACCUCAAGCCUUUAACUCGAAAGCGCCAGCGCGGCGGCUCGAAGCCAGAUGGUGAUUCUGGCGAUGAAAGUGAUGAUGCAAGGGCGGUCGCCAUCACGCGCCGCUACCUCGGGCAUCGCUUCCAGUCCGAAAAAACCCUUCACCCCGCACUUCCUGCGGAGCGGCGAGGCCGUCGCUCCCAAAGUGAUAGUUCCCCGGCUGAACAGGGAGGGGAGAACCCCGCUGCGGACUCCCCUACCCGAGAUGAUGUCGACACCCGAGAAGCGCACGGCGUCGCGAAAGCCGUUGACGAGGGCGCUCCCUUCGACCACCCGUUAGUGGCGCUCGAUCCGGUGAUCGUCGCCGCGCUGCAGGCGGAGGGUUUCCACCGCAUGCGGCCGAUUCAACAGCGCACAGUACCCUAUGUUAUCGAGGGCUACGACCUCCUCGGGCAGGCGCGCACGGGCUCCGGCAAGACCCUCGCCUUCUGCGUCCCCGUGUUGCACCUCUCGAAGCGGCUUCUCACGACCCACCCGCGCGCGACCGCGGCGCUGAUCCUCGGCCCCACCAAAGAGCUCUGUGUGCAGACCUAUGACGUCCUAAAAAGCGUCUGUCAGCACAUCCAAGAGGUAACUUUUUCGCUUCAGCUGAUUACAGGCGGUACGAAGAUCACGGAGGAACGCAAGCGGCUAACUGCGGGGGCCUGUAUCGUGAUCGGCACCCCGGGCCGUGUGCACGAUCACGUCCGACACUGCUCUGGGUGGGAUCUCUCGCGGCUGCGGUUUCUCGUGCUCGAUGAGGCGGAUCGCAUGCUCGCAGAUGGCUUCCAGCGCGACCUCGACGCCACGAUCUCACGGCUCCCGAAAAGCCGUCAAACCCUUCUUUUUUCUGCAACCAACUCGAAGUCGGUGCGGGAUCUUGCGCGUCUUUCGCUCUCCCGCACGCCGAUCUUCAUCGAUACGGCGGGGGCGGCACCGGUUUCGAUUUCGCUCACGGGCAACGGUUCCACCGACCUCAGCUUGGGUGCCGUUGCGUUACCACCCUACCGCCACUUCGGCGAGGUGAGUGAUCCCGCCACCGCGGAGCCGGCGAUUCCCGACGAGGGAGGCGCCCUUAACAGCGACUACGAUGGCCUUUCGGCGGAGGAAGAGGAACCCGACGCGACCGCCGAGGCGAUCCCCUCCACGUUAUGUCAGUUCUGCCGCAUCGUACGACUGGAGGAUCGCCUGCGAAGCCUCUACGUCUUCGUAAAAAGGGUGGCGCGUUCGUCGAAGGCGAUGGUGUUUUGCUCCUCUGUCGCCAGCACGACGUUCCAUUUUCAGAUGAUGGGCUCCGUCGGCUUUCAUGAUGACGUGAUGAUGCUGCACGGGCACAUGAAGCACCGGCAACGUCUCGCGGUCUUUCAGGCCUUUCGAAGCUGUGAGAAGGGCGUUUUAUUCUGCACAGACGUGGCGGCCCGUGGGUUGGAUAUCCCGAAAGUCGAGUGGAUUCUCCAGUACGACCCUCCUUUAGAUCCGACCGAGUAUAUUCAUCGUAUCGGGCGUACGGCGCGUGCCGGAAAUGUGGGGAAUUCCUUGCUUUUCCUGGCCCCAGAGGAAGCGAACUUCAUCCCGUACUUGAGCCGUUUCGGCAUAAAGCUGGAGGAGUACCCCAUGCCCGCAAAGCUUCCCGACAUCCAGGAGAAGCUUAACCACGUGUUGCAGCUGGAUGAAGUUGUGGCGAAGAGUGCCGUGAGUGCGUUCCGCGCUCAUGUCGGUGCCUACCAAAGCCACAUUCUCAAGGAAACCUUCAACGUGCACCAGCUGAACUUGGAUCGCUUGGCCACUUCAUUUGCGUUGACCACUACACCACACAUUACCCUUCCCAAGAACGCAGCGGAUCAGAAAAAGCAGGAGUAUGUCAAGGGUAAGCUGAAGUCUCUGAACCGCCGGAAGCUCAACGCACUUAGGUACUACGAGGCACAAAAGACCAAACCGCAGUGGGAAAAUGGGGUAUUUGUGGGAAUCAAAAAGAUGACGUAA